CUUUAAGCUCUGCGAGAGGAAGCCCCACUACGGGAAGCCACCGGGCUCCUCCGCUUCCGGCGCUGCGGCGGCUAAUUCAGCCCGUACCUUCAGUCCCUCAUCAGAAUGACAGCCCUUAUGAGGAAGUUCGUCCAUCAGACUGUGAAAACUGGAAUUAACUGCAAUGUUAGAUAUUUUGGUACACAGAUUGUGCAAAAGGCAGCACUAGUACAGUUUGGGGAUAUCACUGUUGUCAAAAGACUACCUCUGCCAGAAUAUGCUAAGGCAUUUUGUACUGCUGGAAACACAGAAGAUAAAAUGGACAUGAAAAAAAAAAUGUCAAAACCAACUUUUGGCAAUGUUGGGAGAAAAAUUCAUCACCGAAUUCUUCAGCUAUUUGAUGGCAAUGGGAACAAUUUAGGAACGAUGCACCGAGCUGAAGUGAUUCGUCUAAUGGAGGAACAAAACCUGAGACUUGUUUUACGGAAAGCUGAUGCAGAUCCUCCAGUGUACCAGCUAAUGACAGGCAGCCAGAUUCAUGAAGAACAGCUUCAACUUAGAGAGAAAAAAAAAGUUCAAUCAAAAACUGGACCUCCUCAGUUAAAGGAAUUGACCUUUUCUUCAAAUAUUGCACAACACGAUUUGGACACCAAAAUGAAACAGAUUCAUCAAUGGAUUGAGAAAAAAUAUCAAGUCCAAAUUACAAUAAAGAAAGGGAAAACUGCAGACCCAGAAGAUAACAUGGAAGAGUUCUUUAAUAAAAUUCUCAAGACUAUGCCUGAACUAGCUACUUUUGCAUCCAAGCCCAAGACCACAAAAAGUGGAAGAGCUGCAACCUGUGUUUUUCGCCACUUGAGUAAUAAAGAGAUGAAUGAAUAUAGAAGAAGUAAAGAGACUCAAACAAAUAGAGACACUCUGAAUAAAGAAAAUCGUGAUAAUACAGAAUCAAAUAUUCUGCAGCAAUGAUGUAUUUUAAUAUAAAAU